CAUCAUGGUAUUCCAGUAGACCAGGGUUAUGCUGUUGCACCCCACCAUUCAGGAGUCUACCCUGUUCAUCUCCAGCUGUAUGAGACGUGGAGGAAGGUGUGGAACAUCAGGGUUACAUCUACUGAGGAAUACCCUCACCUCAAACCUGCUAGAUACCGCAAAGGAUUCAUACACAAUGAUAUUAUGGUGCUGCCGCGUCAGACGUGUGGGUUGUUCACACACACCAUUUACUAUAAGGACUAUCCUGGAGGACCUAAAGAACUGGACAACAGCAUCAUGGGAGGAGAGCUGUUCCUGACUGUCCUACUGAACCCAAUCAGUGUGUUUAUGACCCACCUGUCAAACUACGGCAAUGACCGUCUGGGUCUGUACACAUUCCUGCACCUGGCUGACUUCCUCUCUACCUGGACACACCUCCAGCUAGACACUCUACCUCCUCUGCAGCUGGCCCAGAGAUACUUCACCCAGUUCCCGCAGCAGAGACAGCCUCUCUGGCAGAGCCCGUGUGAUGACAAGAGGCACAGAGACAUCUGGUCCAAGGAGAAGACCUGUGAUAGGCUGCCCAAGGCUCUCGUCAUUGGACCACAGAAGACAGGAACGACAGAGCUCUGCCUCUUCCUCCUGAUGCAUCCUUCCAUCUCCAGCAGCUUCCCCAGCAACGAGACAUAUGGAGAGGUCCAGUUCUUCAACACCAACAACUACCACCAGGGAAUAGACUGGUAUAUGGAGUUGUUCCCACUCCCGUCUAACGUCACCAGUGACUUCCUGUUUGAGAAGAGCUCCGCCUACUUCCCCUCUGAAGACGCUCCUCGCCGCGCCGCCGCCCUGCUGCCUAAAGCCAAGAUACUGACGGUGCUGAUCAACCCCUCAGACAGGGCUUAUAGCUGGUACCAGCACCAGAAGGCUCAUGAGGAACGCACCGGGUCGAUGCUCUCCUUCUAUGAUGUCAUCAGCGCUCGACGCGGGGCGCCGUCCAACAUCCGAUCGCUACAGAACCUCUGUCUCACCCCGGGACUCUACAAUACACACCUAGAGAGAUGGCUAACACACUACCCUGUUGACCAGCUGAUGGUAAUAGAUGGACAGCAGUUGAGGAGAGAUCCAGCUGCAGUGAUGGAGGAGGUCCAGAAGGUCCUGGGAAUCACUCCUCACUACAACUACACACAGACUCUACGGUUUGACCAGCAGACGGGUUUGUGGUGUCAGCUUUUAGAUGGGGGGAAGACUAAGUGUUUGUGGAGUAAAGGAUUGGAGUAUCCUCCUAUGGAACCAGAGGCACGGUCCUACCUGUCCAGAUAUUAUAGGGAACACAACAUAGACCUGUCCAAGCUGCUCCACCGGCUGGGUCAGCCUCUCCCCUCCUGGCUGAGAGAGGAACUACAGAAGGUCAGUUAACAGGGUUAGAGGUCAGAGUUCAGGGGACACCGGCUGGGUCAGCCUCUCCCCUCCUGGCUGAGAGAGGAACUACAGAAGGUCAGUUAACAGGGUUAGAGGUCAGAGUUCAGGGACACCGGCUGGGUCAGCCUCUCCCCUCCUGGCUGAGAGAGGAACUACAGAAGGUCAGAUAACCUCUAACCCUACCAGCAGCCAAGGUUCAUAGGUCAGGUGUUAAGGGUUGGGGACCAUUAAGAGGAAGAGUGCGUGACCUUUCUGUGACCUCCCAACCCCGUGGUGAAGCUGAGGAUGGAAGAGAAAUCAUGAACUAUAAACAAUGAACUCUGUCCUGGCUUGACCUCACAGAGGAGAAGAGAUACUAGAUCACUGAUAUCUGGAUGGAUAACUGGAUAUCUUGGUUUCUGAACUCAGAGAGAUUGGAGGGAUGACUGACCUCUGGAACAGAACUGUGUU